AUAACACGCACACACAAACACCUCUAAAAAGAGAAAGAAGGCGAACGGAACUCAAAGCGCAAAAAAAAGUCAACUACAAAAUUUGCCAACAAACUGACAAUUAAACCAAGUAGAAAAAAUAGCACAGUUAUGUGUAUCAGUGUGUGUGGUGUAUCUGUGUUUGAGUGUGUGUACUGAUCAAUUCUCAUGUGCACUGAACACCAUAAUUAAUCAACAACAACAAUAAAACGCUAUCAGCAUCGUCAUCAAUAGUCAGCAUCGGCAUCGGCAUCGGCAUCAGCGAACCAACCAACUGAAACGAAUAACCAGACACCGUCUGAGAGCAGUUCGAAGUGUGCGCUAAGAGCGAAAGUUUUCUUUCUAAAGGAAUUUAACAUUUCCAGUCUAUGCUCGCUCUCUCUUUUGCUACUUUGCUUCGCUCAUUCUCGUAUGCUGUUUAAAAGUGUUUUUCUUGUUAAAGUAUUUGGCAAAAUCAACACACUUGAAAUUUUACAGAAAUAUAAAAAUUAAAAAAUUAAAACCCAAGAAAAAUAGCUUAUAACACAUACACAUAGGUCUGUGAAUGAGGAGAGAGCACUUUACAAAAACUAACUGCACAUGCGUUCCGACUGUGACGAGGUGCCGCUGAAACCGCCGCGACGCCAAAAGCUUCAGCUUGAACUGCCGCUGCCCGAACAACAGCAACAGGAUAAAGAGAGAGAGUGCAAGAAGCGAACGCGUGACCCCGUUAAGCGUGCUGAGAGCGAACAGCUGUUGCCGCUCAAUCCGAAGAGCAUGUACUCUAACCUACGCUAUGCCCGUACAAAUCUCAGCCAUAGCAGCCUGCUGCUUAAUCAUCAGCAGAGCUCGUUCGAUGGCAGCGCGCCCACUUCGACUGAGCGCACAGAGAGCAGCGAGACUUUAGACACACCGUUAACCCGGGACACGGAGAGAGAGGAUGUCAGACAACCGUUGGCCUCUGUUCGCCUUCUGCCCUGUGCGGCGAAUCGGAAUGAAUCGAAACGCUUUGCGCUGGCAAGUGCAUUGCAUGCGACAGCCCGGUUGGCAGCCAGUGUGGAUGCCUAUACAGCAGCAGCGACAGCGACGGCGUCGGCGACUGCUGGCAGCCACUGUCAUAGCGGAGACUACAGCAUGUGCGACUCGUGUCGGCCGCAGCGAUUUAAUGCCCAGCAGCAGCAGGCGCUGAACAGCAACAAUUUCGGUCGUAACGCCCACUCGGCGCGCUUUCUCAACUAUAGCAAUUUGCAUUCAACGAAUUCGCCGCACGCGAGCUCGCGUCGCUUCAACGCGCAUCUAACAUCCCAGUCGCCGCUGCCGCUGCAGCCGCCGCCUCCGCCGCUGCCGUUUCCAUUGCCAGGUUCAGGGCCAGCCGCUUCCAUACCUCGCCGCAUCACCCGCAGCAGCAUGUCGCAGUCCGGCGAAGAUCUGCACUCCCCCACCUAUCUGUCCUGGCGCAAGCUGCAGUUGAGCCGGGCCAAGCUGAAGGCCAGCAGUAAGACUUCCGCUCUAUUAUCCGGCUUUGCUAUGGUGGCCAUGGUGGAGGUGCAGCUGGACAAGGACACAGGUGUACCGCCUGGCAUGUUGGUUGCCUUUGCUAUCUGCACUACGCUGCUGGUGGCUGUGCACAUGUUGGCUCUGAUGAUCAGCACAUGCAUCCUGCCCAACAUUGAGACAGUUUGCAAUCUGCACAGCAUCACGUUGGUGCACGAGUCGCCGCACGAGCGUCUCCACUGGUACAUUGAGACAGCCUGGGCGUUUUCCACGCUGCUAGGCUUGAUACUGUUUCUCGUGGAGAUCGCGAUACUGUGCUGGGUGAAGUUCUACGAUCUGAGCACCACGGCUGCCUGGUCGGCCGUGGUGGUGCUGAUACCCGUUAUGGUUAUCUUCCUGGCCUUUGCCGUGCACUUCUAUCGGUCGCUGGUAACGCACAAAUACGAGGUGACCGUCUCCGGCAUACGAGAGUUGGAGCUGCUCAAGGAGCAAAUGGAGCAGGAUCAUCUCGAGGUGCACAACAAUUCGCGCAACAAUGGCUUCAACUAUGGCGCCUCCGGUGAUAUUGUGUAGUUGGCGCUCUCAGACACACGACAAUGCUUCCCAACAAAACAAACAAGAAAAUAAGAAAAACUUUUGUAAAAGACAUACAUACACACAGACACAUAUAUAUACAUAUAUA